AUGCGUUUCACUACGGUUGCCUUCGCUUUGAUCGUGUUUAUUGUGGUGUUUUCGAUAUUCGUUGCGAACCUUGCCAAUUUGAUUGGCAUCGACAAGCAACUGAGUAACCGGCUUGAUGCCGCAUCGAACGAUGGACAUCAGCGGCAACCCAAACAGCUGAAGUUGGAUGAUCAGCACAACCAUUUGAUGUGGUUUUUGCAGGUAUCUGAUAUACAUAUCAGUAUGUAUCUGGAUCCGGCCCGAGUCCCGCAGCUGGUAGAGUUUUGCAAUCGCACUGUCGACAUUAUAGCACCAUCAGUCGUGCUGGCAUCCGGUGAUCUUACCGAUGCGAAAACGUCCAACUUUCUCGGUUCCCAGCAGCACGAACAGGAAUGGCGCUGGUAUCACGAAGUGCUGCGCGACACAAAUGUGCUGAACAAAACGGUAUGGUUAGACAUCCGGGGCAACCAUGACAAUUUCAAUGUGCCCGCCUUGCAGACACGUCAGGAUCUAUUCACAAACUAUUCGGCACAAGGCAAAUAUCAUACCCGAUCGUACAUGCAUCAGCUUAUGGCUGGAGGCGAACGGUAUACGUUCAUUGCGGUAGAUGCCUGUUUGGAUCCAGGUCCUAAGCGGCCCUUCAACUUCGUUGGAAUGCUGUCGCGUAAUGAAACGCAACAUCUGAUAAAUCUUGCCGAGCGAUCCCGUGAACUCGACACGAAUUACACCAUCUGGUUCGGACACUAUCCUACUUCGUGCAUUCUUACACCGGGAUUAGGUACUGGUGGAAUCCGUAAUCUGAUCGGUCGAUACCGGGAAGCCUACGCGUAUCUUUCAGGACAUUUUCAUACCCUUGGGGGAGCUGUACCGCGCAUGUAUACCCUGCAAGAUGAAGGCUUUCUUGAGCUGGAGCUUGGCGAUUGGAUGCGCAACCGGCGCUAUCGCUUAGCAGCGUUCGAUCACGGUCACUUCUCGUUUGUCGACAUCCAGCAUAACCAGUGGCCGGUGGUACUGGUGACAAAUCCGAAGGAUGCGUUGUUUAACAUUCCAGGAAAGGAAGAUCUUCGAUCGAUAAUGGAUUCUACGCAUAUACGCAUGCUUAUCUUUUCGCCAGCCAAGGUGGUAGAAUGUCAGGCAAAAAUAGACGGUGGUAGUUGGCAAGACUGUAAACGAGCCAGCCACCAACUGUUCGUAGUACCCUGGGAACCGAGUCGCUACAAGCGUGGACUUCAUAAGCUACUGAUCUACGUGCUAGACGCAGACGGGAGAAGCCGUGUGGUGGAGCAACAGUUUACCCUGGAUGGGUCGCGGUUGAAGUUCGAUUUCCUCGCGAAACUAGUGCUGAUGUACGAUACGAACAAGCUGUUCCAGACGUUCUUCAGUGUGGCGUUGAUCAUUUAUCUGGUACCCCUGUGUGUGUUUCGGAUAUGGCAUACACUCGUCAGAAAAGGUACUUUGUCAAGGCCCCGUCUCCGUACCGUAUGCUGUGGAGGAUGGAUACGAAAAAUGUGGAUUUUAUCGACCGUGGAUCGCCUAAUGUUCCCCAUUGUGGGGUACUGUCUGUACCUAACCUGCGGACCAUGGUCCAUAGGAGAAGUCAUCGAUGGUCACGUGGGAGUGGUAUUUGUGUGGGGUAUUUUUGUGAAUAAUGCUUUUCUUCCCGGAACACUUACAUAUCUGUACGGGUUCUUUCAAUUGAUGCUCUGUCAACUACCGUUGACCAUCAUAUUUGCCAACAACGUUGUACAGCGCUUUUAUCGACGAUCGGGAGAGAAGAACUAUGGCUGGAUGAUGGCGCUGUGGAAAAAUUCUGCAUUUAUUCUAAUUAUGACCGUAGAAGUAUUGCUGGCGGCAAUAUUUUGGAACUCGUACGGAUUGCUCGCGUUCAUCAUCACACCACUUCGGGCCUGGUCGAUAUUAUUAAAUUUGAUUCUGUGGUACCAAUCGCGUUACAUUCCGGAAAAAUGUCUACGAUCCGCCUCAGCUGUUUGGUCGUCUUCUGAACCAAAACUUUCUUCCUUAGCUCAUUAA